UAGGAGUGUUACCGAUUUACAUUCUCAUUUAUUUUUACGUGUGAGUAAUGUAUAACUUUAUCCUGUUCCGAUAAUUUGUGAGCGUUCGCACCAUUUCUGCGCGGAGUAUUUGCCAUAGUGGUCACAUCACCAUCAGAAAACGUCAAAAUGGGAUGCGGUGAAUCUACAGUCAAAUUUUUGUUGUUCAUUUUCAACUUGGUGUUUGCUUUGGUCGGCGCGACCGUCCUAGGCAUUGGAGUGGCCGGGUACCUAAAAGUAGAAGCUGUAGCGAGGAUCCUCGGAUCCCAUGGAGGCCAUGUGCCCAUCUUCUACAUCGUGCUGGGGUCUCUGGUGUUCGGCGUCGCGUUCUUCGGGUGCUGCGGGGCUGUGACCGAGAGUCAAUGCAUGCUUUUUACAUUCUCUAUCUUCAUGGGUUUACUAAUGGCCCUGAAAGUAAUUCUGAUAGCAUUGGUAUUCGUGAAGAAGGAGUGGCUGGAUGUAGUUAUCACGAAUACUAAUGAGACCUUGGAAGCCAAAGGUGCGGAACCGGUGGACCCUAAGACCAUCAGGAUUUGCUUUGCUGGCAUUUGCUCUGUCAUUAUCGCCGUAGAGAUGGUCGGUAUGGUGUUCGGGUGCUGCCUUGCUGUCCACGUGCGUCGCAACAACGGAUAUGGUUAUGCAUAGACGUCCCACACUGUAGAUCCUCGUUCAACCGCCAUCAGAUAUAUCGGAGCGGCCAAGGUGCUCACAAAUAUCUGAACACGCCUCUAUUGUCAAGGCGUUAGAGUCCGUGAUCAGAUAUUUUUGAGCACCUCAGCCGAUCCGAUAUAACUGAAGGCG